AUGGCGACCGUCGACUUCGACAUCAACAAUGCCCUCAAGCAUUACAUGUCAGAUCCGACAACCAUCCCGACUCCCGAAGCCGAUGCUGCCCUCUUCGACUGCGAAAAUGACGCCGAGGCCCUCACAAACCCCCUCAUCAACCCCGUCCUCAACCCCAUUGUCGACGCCGUCGCAGACAACCCAGACGCAAUCAUGCGCUCCGCAAACAUGGACUCGCUGCAGUUUCUCCUCAAAUACACGUCCUUUCUACCCACGCACGCCCUGAGCAAAAUCUUCGACCUAGUCAUGAGUGGCCUGAGCGCAGAGACCGACGCCGUCCACAACGACAUCGACUCACCAGACGAGCAGGACGCGGUGCCCCAUCACAAACAGCUCCUCGAAAUCUACGGCUUCCUCCUCCAGUGGACCAUUGCCGCCGUCGAGACAAAAGCCGCCGAGAAGUCAUCGAGUGCGCCGGCCGCCCGCGGGCGAGGAAAGCCCAAAAAGGGCGUGUCCAAGGAUGAUUCGUGGGACUCGGCGACGCAGCUCCAGGCGGCUCUUGACACCAUGUGCAAGGUGCUGAAGCUGAAGCUGUCCAAGAUCUUCUUGACGACCAGCGAGAGGGACACCUUUGUGGGGCUGCUCACUCGCCCAGUCUCCAUGAUCCUGGAGAGCGAGCAACGCGUCAAGACCACGUCGAUUCGCAUGCACUGCUUCAAGGUGCUCUGCAUAGCCGUCAAGCACCAUGGCCAUGGAUACGCGGCGCAAAUCAACGUCAUUCAGAAUCUCACCUACUUUGAGCACUUGGCCGAGCCCAUGGCCGAGUUUCUGCACAUCCUGGCCGAAACGUACGACUAUCCCCAGCUUGCCGACGAGGUCCUGCGGGAAAUCAGCAAUAAGGAGUUCAACUCCAACGACACGCGUGGGCCCAAGUCCGUCUCGGCUUUCGUUGCAAAGCUCUCGGAGCUGGCCCCACGGUUGGUGAUUAAACAGAUGACAAUGCUCGCCAAGCAGCUCGAUAGCGAGUCGUAUACGCUUCGUUGCGCCCUGAUCGAGGUUUGCGGCAACAUGAUUUCGCAUCUCAGCAAGCAGGACGAGCGCGGCGAGAACCACAAGUCUCAACUCAACGCCUUCUUCGAUGUCCUCGAGGAGCGAUUCCUCGACAUCAACCCCUACAGCAGAUGCCGGACGCUGCAAGUGUACAUGAAGCUCUGCGAGCUCGACCAAAAAUUCCCCAAGCGCCGACAAAGGGCGGCCGAACUCGCGUGUCGAAGCCUCGAGGACAAGAGCAGCAACGUGCGGCGCAACGCCAUCAAGCUGCUGGGUACGCUCAUCAAGACGCAUCCCUUCACCGUCAUGCACGGCGCCCAGCUGUCGCGCAAAGAAUGGCAGGCUCGCCACGACAAGGUCGAGGAGGAGCUCAAUGCGCUGAAGCCACCGCCGGGGAUGCCCGGCUUUGGCGAAGACAAGGCAAACAUGACCGUCGACAACGAGCUCCUCGACGACGCGACACAGGUCGGCUCGCCCGAAAAGCCCAAGCCGAUGACGGACGACGAAAAGAUGGCGGCCAUAAAAAAGGCCCAGGAGGAGUCCGCCACGAGCGAGGCCAUUGAGAAGCUUACCCUCACGCGGAGGUACUACAACGAGGCUCUCAAGUUCAUCGACGUGCUACACGACGCCACGGGCAUCGUCUGCCAGCUGCUCGGCUCUCGCAACAAGAGUGAGGUGAUUGAGGCGAUUGACUACUUUGAAAUCGGCGAUGCCUACAACAUUGAGCAAAACAAAGUCGGUAUCCGGCGCAUGCUGCGCCUCAUCUGGACCAAGGGCAACAGCGACGAGGGCAAGGGCGUCCAGAGCCACCUGAUUGAGUGCUACAGACGGCUCUUCUUCGAGGCCCCCGAGACGUUUAGCCCCAACGACGCCGCCAACUACAUUGCGCGGAACAUGAUCAGCCUGACGUUUGGGGCGACGCCGGCGGAGCUCACGUCGCUGGAGCAGCUGCUUGCCACCAUGAUGAAGGGCGGCAUCAUCCCCGACAGCGUCAUCUCGAAGCUGUGGCAGGUCUAUGGCGUGCAGAAGCGGGACAUCUCGAGGACCCAGCGGCGCGGGGCCAUCAUUGUGCUCGGCAUGCUCGCCUCGGCAAACCCCGAAAUUGUCGUGGGCGAGAUUGAAACGAUGCUCUGCACCGGCCUCGGCUCCCACGGCCGCAACGACCUGCAGCUGGCCAAGUAUACGUGCAUUGCGCUCAGGCGCAUCAACCCUACCGGUCGCCAGGCAAAGGACUCGGUGGCCAAGUUCUCCCGGUUGCCCAACGACCACGCCGUGUCGGCGCGGCUUGCCGCCAUCACAGAGGUGCCGUCUGACAGCAAGGAGUGGUACGGGGUGGCGGAGCAGGCCAUCAACGCCAUCUACGCAAUCUCCAAGCACCCCGACACGCUCUGCUCGGACGUGGUCCGGCGAAAGACGCGCCAGGUGUUUGGCGGCUCCCACGGCCGCCCCCCGUCACGCCCGGGCUCGCGCGACGAGACGCAGGCCGCGCCCUGUGCGCUGGAGCCUACGAGUACGCCCGCGGCCCAGCCGCCCAAGAAGCGCGACAACGCCAUUGCCCUGUCACAGCUUCUCUUCAUCGUGGGCCACGUCGCCAUCAAGCAGAUUGUUCAUCUCGAGCUGUGUGAGCUCGACUUUAAGCGCAGGAAACAGGACAAGGAGAAGCAGGCGAGUACCAAGACGGAUAAGGAAAAGGAGGAUGCCGACGAGCUGGACCUCAUCGGCGGCACGUCCGAGGACGACUUUACCGAGGCAAUGGCCCACAUCCGGGAGCGGGAGCUGCUGUACGGGCCGACUUCGCUGCUGGCGCUGUUUGGUCCGCUCGUGUCGGAGAUAUGCGCCAACAACACAAGCUACGCCGACAAGGGGCUGCAGGGAGCGGCGACGCUGUGCCUGGCAAAGCUCAUGUGCGUGUCGGCCGAGUACUGCGAGGCCAACCUGCCGCUGCUCAUUACCAUCAUGGAGCGGUCUCCAGACCCGACGGUGCGGUCCAACGCCGUCAUUGCGCUGGGCGACAUGGCAGUAUGCUUCAACCAUCUGAUAGACGAGAAUACCGAUUUUUUGUAUCGGCGCCUGGCCGACGACGACGCCUCAGUCAAGCGAACGUGCCUGAUGACGCUGACGUUUCUGAUCCUGGCCGGGCAGGUCAAGGUCAAGGGCCAGCUGGGCGAGAUGGCCAAGUGUCUGGAGGACGAGGACAGGCGGAUCGCGGACCUAGCGCGCAUGUUCUUUACGGAGCUGAGCACCAAGGACAAUGCUGUGUACAACCAUUUUGUCGACAUGUUCAGCCUGCUCAGCGCCGGGGAGAGGAUGGACGAGGAGAGCUUCAGGCGCAUUAUCCGGUUCCUGCUGGGAUUCGUUGAAAAGGAUAAGCAUGCCAAGCAGCUGGCGGAGAAGCUGGCGGCGAGGCUGUCGCGGUGCGAGACGGAGCGGCAGUGGAACGACGUGGCGUUUGCGCUGGGGCUGCUGCCGCACAAGAACGAGGAUAUUGCCAAGACGGUGUCGGAGGGUUUCAAGGUGAUUCGGGCGGCUGCGUAA